AAAUCUGCCUCACAACUUUCACCGUCUCUCUCUCUCUCUCUCCCUCUCUCUCUCUCUCUCUCUCCCUCCCUUGCUCUCCAUCCUCUACCGUCUCCCUCCUCCGCUGCUCUCCGCUCCACAAACCCGACACAAGAAGAUCUCCACUAUGGAUUUACUGCGCGCUCACUCUAUCUAUUAAAUGAUCACAUCUUCUCCGUCGGGUGUCUUUUUUUUUUCUCUAUCUCAAGCGGAUGCUCGUUAAGGACGCGGGUCGAGAUGAUGGCAUCAAUAGGGGAAUUCGACCCUCUCAACACCAGAGUCCCUGCAACUAAAAUAGAAGUUACCGUGUCCUGCCGGAGUCUGCUGGACGUGGAUACAUUCUCCAAGUCUGAUCCCGUGGUCGUGUUGUAUUUACAGGCUGUGGGAACCAAAGAAUGGAGGGAGUUUGGCAGAACGGAGGUAAUCGAUAACACGCGGAAUCCAGAUUUUGUCAGGAAAUUCGUCCUGGAUUUCUUCUUUGAAGAGAAACAGAAUCUAAGGUUUGAUGUGUACAAUGUGGACUCCAGGAGCUGUAACAUCUCCAAACACAAGGACUUCCUGGGACAGACCUUCUGCACCCUCGGAGAAAUCAUCGGCUCUCCAGGAGGACGUCUGGAGAAAACCCUCUCUGGGAUCCCGGGGAAGAAGUGUGGAGUCAUUAUCUUUGCUGCGGAGGAGCUCAGUAACUGCAGGGAUAUCGCCACCAUGCAGCUGUGCGCCAACAAGCUGGACAAGAAGGACUUCUUCGGGAAGUCGGACCCCUUCCUGGUUUUCUAUCGUAGUAAUGAGGAUGGAACGUUCACCAUCUGCCACAAGACAGAGGUGAUCAAGAACACGCUGAACCCGGUGUGGCAGCCCUUCACCAUCCCUGUUAGAGCGCUCUGCAACGGAGACUAUGACAGGACGGUGAAGGUGGACGUCUAUGACUGGGAUCGAGAUGGAAGCCAUGACUUCAUCGGCGAGUUCACCACCAGCUACAGAGAGCUGUCUCGGGGGCAGAACCAGUUCAACGUGUACGAGGUUUUAAAUCCAAAGAAGAAAGGCAAGAAGAAGAAAUAUGUAAAUUCUGGAACUGUAACUCUGCUGUCCUUCAAAGUGGAGUCCGAGUAUACCUUUGUGGAUUUCAUCCGAGGAGGAACACAACUGAACUUCACUGUUGCUAUCGACUUCACAGCCUCUAAUGGUAACCCCUCUCAGCCCACCUCCCUCCACUAUAUGAGCCCCUACCAGAUGAAUGCAUAUGCCAUGGCGCUGAAAGCUGUAGGAGAGAUAAUCCAGGACUACGACAGUGACAAGCUCUUCCCUGCCUACGGAUUCGGAGCUAAGCUGCCCCCUGAUGGCAAAAUAUCCCACGCCUUCCCACUGGCUGGAGAAAAUGAGAAUGCAAACUGUGUGGGCAUUGAAGGAGUUCUGGAGGCGUAUUUUCAGAGUCUGAGGACGGUGCAGCUGUAUGGACCCACAAACUUUGCUCCAGUUAUCAACAAAGUGGCCAACUGUGCAGCAGAGAUUACGGACGGCUCUCAGUACUUUGUCCUGCUGAUGAUCACAGAUGGAGUGAUAUCUGACAUGGUCCAGACCAAAGAGGCUGUGGUCAAUGCUGCAUCACUUCCUCUGUCCAUCAUUAUCGUGGGUGUUGGACCGGCUGAGUUUGAUGCAAUGGAGGAGCUGGAUGGAGACGAGGUGCGAGUGUCCUCCAGAGGACGUUUUGCUGAGAGGGACAUCGUUCAGUUUGUUCCAUUCAGAGACUACAUUGACAGAUCCGGUAACCAGGUCCUCAGCAUGGCCCGGCUGGCUAAGGACGUCCUCGCCGAGAUCCCUGACCAGCUGCUGUCUUUUAUGAAGAGCCGAGGAGUUGAACCGCGACCGGCCCUCUCCUCCUCGCCGCUGCCGGAACUACACCGACACAUCUGACCCCCUUGACAGACACCUUAAUUCACAGCAUCUCAUCACUCUAUCUCUCUCUCUCUCUCGCUCGCCCUCCUCUCCUACAGUUAUCUGUCGCUUUAAAGGGAGCCGAAAGAUUGACCCGAGACUCGCCCCUCUUCCUCUCUUAUCGCUGUUAAAGUUAAACAGGCACAUCGCACCGACACAGCGGGCGCUCAUCCCUGACUCACCCGCUGCUCUCCCUCAUCUUUUUCUCCUCUUGAACUCGCCCUGUUGCACUUCACAUUCACUGCCUUGAAAGAGCAGUGAGACCGAACCAUGACCGUCCCUCUCCCUUUGACUUUUUGAAUUCCACCUCCUUGCACAUUUUGUCCUCGUCCUGACCAAAGUGUUGACACGAGUCACAUUUGGCAGGAGUCCCAGGAUGUGCCAGACACUGGAUUAAAUUGAAGCUAAGUCCCCACAUAAACCCUGGAUGAGCAGUAUACAGCAGCUUGUGUUCAGGCGCUUUGGGGCUGUUUUGGACCAAGUUGGAACUGUUGUGGAGUAAUUGGUCACCGUGGUGGACAGGUGUUUAGUGAUUUAUACUUUACUGCCGUCAUUAUCCUCGGGCUGUGCCAAAUCUCUUGAAACUGAAAUAGACGCUGCCAAACAAUUAGUUUGAUUCCUAAAGCAAGCGACUCCCCGAGAGGAUGGAGAGGGGUGCAGAGGGAGAGAUAUUGCCCAAGGUGAAAGGGACAGGUGCAUGCUGGGAUUUUUAAAAAAGCAAUGAAAGUAAGUUUUUGUAGUUUGAUUCGCUCAUCAAUACAGUCAACAGUUAAAGCUGCAGCAGUGAGUGUGACAGCUCAAAAAGGCACAUUUAAAGUUUUAAAACUAUUAAUGUACUUUAACCCUUUCAGGCAUUGCUGCUAUUUUAUUGGACGAGCCGUCUCAAGCUGGGAGACAAAGUGAUUGUUUCAUCAGCUGAGAGUAAACCCUCCUAAUGUUGUUGUCACUUUUAGUAAACUAUUAUUCUGUGUCUGUUUGUCAGCCAAAAUCAAAGUUAAUGGAGGGAAAUAAAAACUAAAGACAGGACAAGGUCAAAUCCAAACAGAGAGAUUAAAUGCAGGUCUUGUUCUGCCUCCUUCAGAACGGUAACAUCGAUCAAAUGGGUCGUCUAUUAAUUAGAGAUUACAUUCCUAAUAAUGUCCAAACAUCCUUGGACAAGAUACUGAAUCUCAAAUCUUGUGUGUGGAUGUGGUGAAUGGUAUGCAGUGUAGAGUGAAGCACCUGAGUGUUCACGUUCUCAUCAGCACAGUAACCUUAAGAACAUGAAGAAAAUCAAAGCUCAUUUCUGGGAUUAAAACCCAGCAGCAACAACAUUUAUAAGGUUACUAAUACCUUUAAAACAUGGUGUCCAUUGAAGACAACAGAUGUGCUGCCUCUUCAAAGUAUACUCCUCUUUUUUUAUUGAAGCAAAAACCUUUUGGUCAGCAUCUAUUCUUUAAAAAGUUCUUUUAAAAAAAGAUGAUAUGAUUCAUGCAUGACAGGAAACAUACUUAUUAUGUCCUGUUGCUGCGGCUCCCUCCUGGAAAAUAACUUGUUUUUAUUCUGAGUUACAUCUGAGUCAUAACUCAGUCAAUUCUAAAGAAGAAACAUAUACAUAUUUUUAGAUUCAGUGCGACCCGGUUACUGAGGAUUGAAUUAUUUCCGACUCCUUAAAUGUCCAUAAAUUGACUCAUUAAUCAACAAAGCAAGCGGAUGAAUUAGUAAUGAAGGCAAUAAUAUUCAGAGAGACUUUAUGCGUUUGUGAUGUGGACGUCAUGCAGAGAGUAGCGGGCAAGAUGUUGGCAGAUCUAUCGGGGGGUUCCGUUCAUCAUUACCAUUUACACACCUUCACACAAACACACACACACACACACACACACACACACACACACACACACGUGCAUUUCUUCAAACACACACCUCUCUCUGCUAUGACACACCCACCCUCUCUUUUCCCAGCGGGAGCUAAGGCCGGGUGCCGAUUCCCCUCCUGCUGUCAGAGAAAUGCCAGUCUCUCUCUCUCCCCGGCUGCCCUGCAGAGAGGAGGAGGAGGAGGGGAGGAGGAAGGAAGGAAGGAAGGAAGGAGGGAGGGAGGGGAGAGUAAAUGAAAGAGAGGUGAAGGUGGAAGAAACGGAGGAGGGGGAGAAAGAAAACAAUCAAAGACGAGGCCAGGAGAGAGUGAACAGAUGGAUAUGGACAAGGACAUGAAGAAGGAUGAGGAAUGUCAUAAGGAAAGACUGAUGAGUGACAGCUGCAGAUGAGAGCAACAGAGAGGAAGAUUACACCUCCAAAUCUUUAGUUUCUAUGUCUGAGAAGUCGGUUUUUUUAUGUGUUUUUUGGGGGGGCAAACAAAGAAGGAUACAUGCACAUUCUCCGAAAAAGCAAUAUACCUGACUCCCAGUGUAAUGUUUGCCCUAUGCAUGCCCCUCCUCCUCCUCCUCCUCCUCCUCCCUCCCUCCCUCCCCCUGCCCCCCUGCCAUGACUUGACAUUUUAGUCCCAUGCAGACAGGAGCUGUGUAAAAGUGGGCAAAAUCUGCCACCUAGUGCUCAACAUGUGUACAGCAGGGUACCUUUUAUUAUGCAUGACAACUGUACUUUCCUACUCUAUAUCUCACACAGUACAGAUGCAUGAACUGAUGCAACUGUCCUUAAGUGGAUUCAAGCGUCUAAAAAUGAAAUAAUGUGUCAAUCACACAGAAAAAAAAAAUCCUCUACGUUCUUGUGUGAAAUGUGAUUUUUCUUUUUGUUAAUGUCAGUGUGUUGAUGCUGUUGUGUGUGUGUGUAUAUUUUUUAUACUCUUAUUUUUUGCAUGUUGAAGAAUAAAUGCGUUGCAGUGUUCAAGUUGGAUGUUGUUAUUGUAACCGUCCAAAAAAAAACAGAUACUGUACUUUCUGUAUAUCUUAAAGUAAUAUGCAUUUUCCUUGUGUAUGCCUGAACAGUUCAUCUGUAGAUUUCCUGCCGUGUUUGUUCAUGCAGUCGCCAUGUUCAGUAAGGAGAAACCUGUGAAUUUAUCAACCAAGAGACGUGUAUUUUUGAUAAUUUGCAUCGGCCUGUUCUGGGUCUGAAGAAGAAAUAGACAUGUGAGGUCGUGAGAGAGACUAGUGGUAUGAAAAAUGAUUGUGACGACAUUUGAAGAUUGUAGUGGGGUUUUUGUACAAUAAGAGUUUUCUCUCUCUCUCUCUCUGUUUUCUUUGUCUGUCUCUGAUCUUCGUUGUAAGGCUGUUUCAGUGUGUGUCAAAGUGUUUAGUUCAUGAGAAUGAAUUAGUAUUAACUGUAUAUACAGUAAAGAAGUGAUUAAACAUGUUUCCCACUCA